GCGUGCUGAGCUGAGGGAUCUAUUGUUCCUCUGGCUUUUUUAUUUUUUUCUCCUCCACUCAGACCUCAUUCUUCUCCACUGACCCAGAGAACACACCGAAGAAGAAAUAAAAGGAGGGAAAAUAGAAGAGUUAGUGGAGAAAGAUAGAGACAAGUGGAUUACCCUUUCCUGGAGGAACCACGUACAGAAGAGUGAGAGGGACAAUAGCAGGCACACUUUCCCCUGUGCCGCAUCUUCUUGUGCAUACAUCUCCUGCUGAGUGUGUGUGUAUCGUGUGGGUCUGUUUGGCCAGACUUGAGCCGUGUGGAUCUAUCUGGCCGGGCUGAAGUCAUGGGGCUGGCCAGCAGGGCGGCAGGAAGAGGGGGCACUUCAGCAGGGGCUCUUGCCACCCUCUUCAGAGUAGCUCUGCUCUUUUUUGGGCUUUGGGAUGUCCAGACACAAACAGUCGCCAACACAAAACCCACCUACAUCUGGCAAACAGGGCCAUGGGGUAGGUGCAUGGGCAGCGAGUGUGGUCCGGGGGGAAGUCAAAGCCGAGCGGUGUGGUGUGCCCAUUCCGAGGGCUGGACCACGUUACACACCAACUGCCAGCAGUCGGAGCGACCCAGCAACCAACAGAGCUGCUUCCGGGUGUGCGAUUGGCACAAAGAGCUGUACGACUGGCAGCUAGGGGCCUGGAACCAGUGCGUGCCGGUGUCUAUGCGCAGUGUGGGCGUGCCAAGGCCAGCGGUGUGCACUCGGGGCGAAGAGGGCAUCCAGACGCGGGAAGUGGGCUGCUUGCACAAAUCGGAUGGCAUUCCCGCAGAAGAUGCCAUCUGCGAGUACUUUGAGCCCAAGCCACGGUUAGAGCAGGCCUGCCUUAUCCCGUGCCCACGUGACUGCGUAGUGUCCGAAUUCUCCCCAUGGACGUCCUGCUCUAAGAGUUGUGGGAUGGGUCUGCAGAACCGCUUGCGAUGGGUUCUAGCCCCGCCCCUUUUUGGCGGUUCGGCUUGCCCCAACCUCACAGAGUUCCACACCUGCCAGCCGGGCCCCUGCGAGGGUGAGGAGAGCCUGCACAGCCUGAGGGUGGGACCUUGGGGCCCCUGCAUGGCUUCACCUAUACGACAGACCCGAGAAGCCAGAGAGCCCAAACCUGAACGGAAAGCAAAGCGAGAUCGGCAGGCCAGGCAAGAACGCCAGGGCAAGCGUCGCAGGAACAAAGAGAAAAAGGAGGUGAAGGAAAACAAAGGAGAACGUGUGAAGGAUAGGGUCAGGGUGAAGGGAAGGAUGAGGGACCCUGAGACCCAAGAGCUCAUCAAAAAGAAGAGGACGAGGAAUCGUCAGAACCGCCAGGGGUUGAAAUUCUGUGACCUGCAGGUGGGCUACCAGACCAGGGAGGUGACGUGUGUUCACCGAAGUGGAAACACAGUGGCGCUCAGCCAGUGUAACCAGCAGACACUUCCUGUGACAUAUCAAGCAUGUGUCAUCCCAAAGGACUGUGAAGUGACCGAGUGGUCGGACUGGUCUGCCUGCUCAAAGGAGUGCUAUGAUCUGAAUGGGCGUAAGGGACAGCGGACACGCACACGUCAGGUGAAGCAGUUCCCGGUGGGUGUAGGAGCCGAGUGUCCUGAGCUGGAGGAGAGUGAACCGUGUUAUCCUCAAGGAGAAGGAAUCCCGCCAUGUAUAGUGUAUAAUUGGCGAACCACAGAGUGGAGCGACUGCAGGGUGGAUGUGCUCCUCAGCCAACAGGACCGUCGCCGGAGCAACCAGACAGGGCUCUGCGGAGGCGGGGUUCAAACCAGGGAGGUCUACUGCGUUGAAGCCCCCACUGAAACCUCAUCUAACCUCAGCUCCCUCAAGAACAAAGAUGGCUUGCGGCCAGUGAACAGUGACCUGUGUCUGGGCGUUUCUCCUAACACCACCCAGCUCUGCCAUAUUCCCUGUCCUGUGGAGUGUGAGGUGUCCUCCUGGAGCGCAUGGGGGCCCUGCACCUUUGAAAACUGUCAGGAUCAGUCCACAAAGAAAGGUUUCAAACUGAGGAAAAGGAAAAUCAUGAAUGAGCCCACAGGUGGCACAGGAAAUUGCCCCCACCUGACGCAGGCAAUUCCCUGUGAGGAGCCCAGUUGCUAUGAAUGGCUGCUGGUGAAGCUGGAGGAGUGUGUGCCUGACAAUGACAGAGUAUGUGGACCGGGAACCCAGAACCCACAAGUACAGUGCGUCAACAGUGACGGUGAAUUCGUGGACAGGCAGCUGUGCCGGGACGCCAUCCUUCCCAUGCCUGUGCUGUGCGAGGUGCCCUGCCCCAAAGACUGUGUGCUCAGUCCCUGGACUUCAUGGUCUCUGUGCUCCAAUACCUGCUCAGGGAAGAACUCGGAGGGCAAGCAGACCAGAUCACGCUCCAUUCUGGCCUACAACGCUGGGGACGGUGGAGGUCAGUGCCCCAACAGCAGCGCCUUGCAGGAGGUCCGCAACUGCAAUGAUCAUCCCUGCACUGUGUACCACUGGCAGACGGGGCCCUGGGGUCAGUGCAUAGAGGACACCUCCGUUCCAUCUGCCAACAGCUCGCUCAGCCGCACCGGAGCAGGAGUCGGCACUAAUGAGGCGUUCUGCUCGGUUGGAAUGCAGACGCGUAAAGUCAUUUGUGUCCGGGUCAAUGUGGGCCAGGUGCCACCUAAAAAGUGUCCAGAGAGUCUGCGUCCAGAGACUGUAAGGCCGUGUCUUCUGCCCUGCAAGAGAGACUGCAUUGUCACUCCUUACAGUGAUUGGACACCUUGCCCUUCCUCUUGUCAGACAGGUGGUGCCGUCAAAAAGAAGCAAUCAAGGAAACGCAUUAUCAUUCAGCUUCCAGCUAACGGGGGCCAAGACUGUCCAGAAGUGCUCUUCCAGGAGAAGGAAUGUGAUGCCUCGUCUGUUUGUCCAGGCUACAGGUGGAAAACCCACAAGUGGCGCAGGUGUCAGUUGGUGCCCUGGACCAUUCGUCAGGACAGUCCUGGAGCACAAGAGACCUGUGGACCAGGACUACAGGCUAGAGCCGUAUCGUGUAAAAAGUUGGAUGGUGGACCUGCAGACGUUGCGGCCUGUCUUAAGUUUGCAGGUCCUAUGCCUCAACUCACUCAGUCCUGCCAGCUUCCAUGCCAGGAUGACUGCCAGCUGACCACCUGGUCCAAAUUCUCAUCCUGCGCUGCUGAUUGUGUGGGUGUCCGAACUAGGAAAAGGACUCUUGUUGGUAAAAGCAAAAAGAGAGAACAAUGUAAAAACACACAGAUGUAUCCUCUGAGCGAAACCCAGUACUGCCCCUGCAACAAGUACAAUGCCCAGCCCGUGGGGAACUGGUCCGACUGCAUCCUGCCCGAGGGUGGGCGAAUAGAGGGCCUUUUGGGUAUGAAAGUGCAAGGUGAUAUCAAGGAGUGUGGCCAGGGUUACCGGUUUCAAGCCAUGGUGUGCUAUGACCAGGACAACCGCCUCGUGGAGACGUCACGCUGCAACAGUCACGGUUACAUAGAGGAGGCGUGUAUCAUCCCAUGUCCAUCUGACUGUAAGCUCAGCGAGUGGUCAAACUGGUCCCGUUGCAGUAAGUCCUGUGGCAGUGGAGUCAAAGUACGGUCCAAGUGGCUUCGGGAGAAACCUUAUAACGGUGGCAGGCCCUGCCCCAAACUGGACCAUGUCAAUCAGGUGUAUGAAGUGGUACCAUGUCUGAGCGACUGCAGUCAGUAUGUCUGGGUGGCUGAGCCGUGGAGUGUCUGGAAGGUCAGUAAUGUUGAUCUGAAGGAGAACUGUGGGGAAGGUGUACAGACGAGGAAAGUCAGGUGCAUGCAGAACACUGUUGAUGGACCUUCAGACCCUGUAGAAGACUAUCUCUGUGAUCCAGAGGAGAUGCCGCUUGGAGCCAGAGAGAGCAAGUUGCCCUGUCCUGGGGACUGCGUUUUGACUGACUGGGGCCCUUGGAGUCGAUGCCCAUUGCCAUGCAAUGUGAAUAGUACAAGGCAGAGGACCGCCAGCCCUAGACGUCAGCCUGGGGAAGAGAAACAGUGUCCUUCAACUACAGAGAAAGAAACGUGCACCCUGAACACCAACUGCUUCCAUUACUCCUAUAAUAUUACAGACUGGAGCACAUGUCAGCUGAGUGAACGAGCCGUAUGUGGGGUUGGAUUCAAAACACGCAUGCUUGACUGUGUUCGCAGUGAUGGCAAGUCUGUGGACCUCAAGUUUUGCGAGGAGCUUGGUCUCGAGAAAAAAUGGCAGAUGAACGCUUCCUGUGUGGUCGAGUGCCCUGUCAACUGCCAGCUGUCUGACUGGUCGUCCUGGUCUGAAUGCUCUCACACCUGCGGCCUUGCAGGGAAGCUCUGGAGAAGGAGAACUGUGAUCCAGGCCUCUCAGGGAGAUGGACGGCCAUGUUCCUCACAGCUGGAGCAGUGGAAGCCCUGUCCUGUUAAACCCUGCUACAGCUGGAGGUACAGCGCCUGGUCUCCAUGCAAAUCUGAGGGUGCACGGUGUGGAGAGGGCCUGCGCUUCAGGAACAUGUUCUGCUUUGUGUCUGAUGGCUCGGGGAAGGAUCCGGGCAGUAUGGUGGAGGAGGAAAUGUGUGGAGACCUGGAGCAGACAGUGGAUGGGGACAAACAGAUCAUCCUGCAGGAGUCCUGCACGGUGCCCUGCCCAGGUGAGUGUUACCUGACAGAAUGGGCUGUGUGGAGCCUGUGUCAGCUGAGCUGUAUCAGCGGGGAUGAUCUGGGAUUCGGUUCGAUGCAGGUGCGUUCUCGUGCCGUUCUAGCUCAGGAACCUGAGAACCUUCUUCAGUGUCCGGAACAGGAAUGGGAAGCCAGGCCAUGUACAGAGGGCCAGUGUUAUGAGUACAAAUGGAUGAUCGGUCCAUGGAAAGGCUCGUCUCGACAAGUCUGGUGCCAGCGCUCUGAUGGAUUGAAUGUCACAGGUGGAUGCCCGUUGAGAAGCGAGCCGAUGUCUGACAGAUCAUGUGACCCAGCCUGCGUCAAACCUCGCUCCUACUGCACUGAGGCUGGUGUAUGCGGCUGCGAGGAGGGUUACACUGAGGUGAUGACUUCUGAUGGAGUGUUGGACCAGUGCACGGUCAUACCGGUGCUUGAGAUCCCCACCGCAGGAGACAGUAAGGCUGACGUGAAGACGAUCCGAGCCCUCAACCCCACUGAGCCCACCGCCAACCUGCCAGGCCGCUCCGGACGCACCUGGUUCCUCCAGCCCUUCGGACCCGAUGGCAAACUGAAGACCUGGGUGUAUGGUGUGGCAGCUGGAGCUUUUGUACUGCUAGUGUUCAUAGUCUCUAUGACUUACUUAGCCUGCAAAAAGCCAAAGAAGCCCCAGAGAAGACAGAUGAACAACAGACUCAAGCCUCUGACGCUGGCUUACGACGGCGAUGCUGACAUGUAGCCUAACCACGUUUGCUUCAUACUACAGAUACUCGCCUCCUUUCACAGUCGGCCAUCGGUACAAGCCUCAAACAAGGAGACUCGCGCAAACUCACCGACUGCUUUUUAUAAGACGCUAAUGGAACCUCAGAGAGAGAGACUCGAUCUGGGUUUAUAUAAUGUUUCUCCCCCCUCCUUUUUUUACGUUCAAGUUUUUUUGACUUUAUUUCACGAGAGCCUUCAUAAACUCUUCAAAAAUCUUCUUCAGGAAGUCUGCCUUCACCUCUCUGCCAUCGACAUCUUUCUGUAACAUAGACUUUAGUCUUUCAGGAGGAAAGUUGCAGGAGCUUUUUGAAAUUGGGAAGUGCUGAGAAAGCACAAAAUAUGCCCGUCUCCUGUUUAGUCCUGCAAUAUGUACAUUGUCUGUGGCUGUUGGGAGGUCGCAUGUUCAGACAAACUAAAUACACAAUAGCAUUUUCAGCCCCGAAACGCUCAAUAUUGUGUGAUCAGAAGGAUAAAAGACUGCAGAUUGAAUGGGCUCUCUAGUGCCCCCUAUAGAAACUCUGGCCUGCCUUUCCCCCUUUCUGUAUCCAGGCUCCAUUUUGCACUAUAUUAGUGCAGCAUGAACAUUUACUUAUAGCAUUGCCAUAGAAAACUGCCUCUCGCAAAACAAGACGAUGUACAGUCUUGUGCUAGACAAGUUUCUUGUUUUAAAAAAAGAGAGCGAGAGAACAAAAGUAGCCCUUUUUCUUCUGAUGGAACUCACUGGUGUUUGUUUAUUCAUACUUGUUUACUGGUUACCUCCUGUUUGUGAUAAAGGGGCCGUUGAAAAGUUUUUUUGUGGACUCCACAAACCCCCCUGUUGUAUGUACAGUUGCAAUCAGCCAUGUGUUUGCUUUCUUUGCCUGAUUGACUUGUGUAUGAUUCAAUGGUUCUUUUCAGCUUAGAGAUCCAGGUCGGUGAAGUUUUCCAUGUGUUGCAGUCUUUCGUCUCUGAUUCCAAGGGCUCUGUGUUCAUAAUUGGAGCGCUUUUAACAGUAUGCUGUUUGAUUUACUGAUCCUGCUGUGUCUGUGUGAACCAGUUCUGUUUGCAGUUUAUAUAACGUGACUGUCUAACACAAUAACAGCAUGCCUUUUCAUAUCAGCUAGAUUCAGAAAAACCAAUACUCUGAUAUUGAAUGAUUACUUGUGGAAGCAUUCGUUUGACAUUAUUAUUACCUAUUCCGAACCUGAUUUGAGGUUGAACAAAUCUCAGCUCAUUCAUUAGAAUGAAGAAAUGCUGUGGUUUGUGCUGAGUCAUUACGUAAGGGAUGAUGUACAGUGAGCUGGUUAUUAUUGCAAAUUAAAACCUGACAGGGUGAUUUCUAAUAUAAAUAA